AUGACAGAGACACAUGCUGCUCUGAUGGUCGCAAGGCGCAACAACGUAUGGUUCAGAUCGAAACUCUCUAACCUUCAGGAGCCGGUCAAGGUUGAAGACGCUUUCGGAAGGUUCUUCCCCUUGGGCUCGGAACUAAGCGUCAGCAAUCUCUUCGCGGUAGUCUACAGCCGCUUCAAAGAGGGCCCCGGCUCUGGACAUGUUGCAAGUGGGCAAUUUGCGUUACUGGAUUCGGGAAACACAAGUCAUGUAUUCCAUGACACGCCCGGAGCCCAACUCAUUCCAGGAAUGUGCGUCAUUAUGUUGAUCGAGCCUGGUACUGAAUCCUACAGCAACAAUUAUUGCCCGGUGGCAGAUUGUCGCUCCAAAAGUAUUAUCGCCAUGAAGGGCGGAGAUCGGCAAUGGCAUGAAUAA